AUGGCUUUUCUUUGGUGCCAACCCUUGUCCCAUCAGAGUUACUGGAGCGAGUUUGACCUCAAAGGGCUCAAGAUCAAGGUCAAGUCGCCCAAGAAAGACGCCUUCCCGGGCGAGUCGGACCAGAUCCCCCCAUAUUUCUGGGCCAAGGGCUUCCGCAAUCGGGUUAGGAAACUCCUCGGCCGGAAGCCCAAGAAGCACUCUUUUGCCAUCCACAGUGGCUAUGCAGAGGCAAGAGCCUUGGUCGGAGAUGGCACUGUGCCGGAGCUGGCGAUGCUGUCGAACCAGGCCCGCGCGUUCGUCGCCGAGGUCUUUGGAGAUGUUGGAGAUGCGGCGGAAACCUCGUCCGUGGGCGACAAGCAGUCGUUGUCGUCUGUCGAAUCGGGCCCUAGAAUAGUCCAGCUUAAGCUAUCCGCCGAUCUGCAGAGCUGGAAAGAAUCCCAGCACGCGGCCGGCAACAUCCUGCCCCCAAAGGGCACCGGGCUCAGCCAGGCCUCGGCCGGAGCCCUUCAGAAGAUCGGAGCCGCGGGCUGGCCCGACGCCCUAAAGACAAACAACGCCCUCUUUGGCUGCGGCAUCGCCAGCCUGCUCAUGGGCGCUGCCGAUGCGCCCACCAUGUUUUCCAACUAUGUGACGGACAUGGUCUUUUACUAUGAGCACGGCUACAACUACGUCUUUCCGACGUUGGAACCGCUGCUGCAGAAAGGCCUAGAAGAUCCCCAUGCGCUACGCACGCCAGGGGGUCGCGAGCGGCGAGACGCCGUCUCGCUCGGCAAGCAGUACAUCCAGGGUAAGAUCGCGCUAGAGGAUCGCUUCAAGAAGAACUUGUCGUAUCGAUCCGCGCGACUCAAUCGCCGCACCGCCCAGAUCGUCUCCCUGUCAGAGAGCAGCUUGUUGGGCAUGGCAGCCGAGGCGAUCGCACGCGGCUGCGAUCCGGGGGCCGUCAUGGCCGAUCUGGUCUUCAGCUCGCCGGGAACCGACGUCGUCGACGUGGGGUGCGAUCUGGUCAAUUCCGAGGUCAUGAACUCGUUCCUCAACGUGACGGACAUUACCGAGACGGGCAUCGUCAGCGAGGAGGUGCUGCGCCGUAUCUAUGAUGCCUUCGCCGCAACCAGUGCCCGUAUGCUGACCCAGAGAUGGCAUGAGCCGGUGGCCAGAAUGUGCGCCGCUCUGUACACAUGGCAUAUCCAGAACGACCGCCACAUGUUCUUCCGUCGUGCCAUUCUGGGCUGGCCCAAGGCCCGCAAGACGCCGAAUCGACCUCAGUUCGAGGCCGACUUUGACGAGGUCUUUGACAAGCAGUACCGCACAACGGGCUUCAGCAGACCCCUCGAUGCCAAGCACACCUGCAAUGGCGAGGAUACCUGCGAUCACGUCCACCAGUUCUUCCGUCGCCACCAAGACAAGCCACUGCUGAAGGAUCUCUGGCGGUUCCUCGUCACCGAGCCUCUCGCGUACGUCAGAGGCGGCGUGGUCGAUGAGGCGCGCGAGUAUGAGUUCGCGGAGGGAUCGCGGCUGACGAUGGCUGAUCUGUUCUCUCGCGGCCAGGUGCUCGAGAUGGUCUGGAUCAUCGCGCAUGCGAAUCACCACGCCUGGCAGGUCAAUCACCUGUUUGAGGCCGCCAUGUUUGGCAGCAUUCUGGACGGAGGCAAGCUGAUUGGCAAGCUUGACAGGCAGGAAAAGCCUCUGGAUGAGAAGGACGUGCAGUGA